AUGAAAGCAGAGAUUGCUACCUUCGGCGUGGAUAUUGGACUAGAACCUUGGGUAACUGCUGAUUUGCAAGCGAGUACCGAUGUUGUGCACCGUGACUUAGACUGGUUGGUGCGGGUGGGCGUUGUGCGAAUUGUUGACAAGUUGAUUGAACAUCCGAGUUUCACGAAAGCUGUAAGCCUUAUUCGACACUUUGCCUUUGUUGAUGGGGCGGAGUCUGUUCGCAAUUCUUUGGUGGGUGUUGGUGUUAGAGAUGCGGCUGCUGGUGCCUCCUCCGCCGGGCCUACUGUGAGAGAUUUAGACAUCCAAGGAAUUCGUGACUUGUGCAUCUUUUCCGGUUCUGAGGGUACUCCUGAAGCUGUGGCAGGUAACGAAGGAGAGAUUGUGCAGCUAGGUGAACAUACUGUUGGAUCAGACAAGUGUGGGGCUAAGGGUGCUGGUGAUGGCAUUGGUGACGUUGGUGCAGGUGAUGAGAAUAUGGAGAAUGAUGUGAUUAUUUUUGUUGGCGAUGGUGAUGGUAAUGAAGAAGAUGCAAAUGUUCUUGCAUCGUGUGCUACCCCUCCUGGGGCGUGA